AAUGGCCACCACACCCUUUCCUCUCCAUUGAAGCAUUAUGCAAAAACAAAAUGUAAACCAAAAUAUAUGUCCCAUUUUUGUACUAAAGACGCGUUAAACCAAAUUCUCUUCUCUGUCUCUUCCCCCACUGUCUCCUAAUCUCCUUAUCCCCUCCAUAAAGAGAAGCUUGCAAGCAAUCAUGGAGAAAGUAAAAGGAUCAGCAGAUAAGCAACAAUCAUCAAUGGUGGUAUCCUCUGCUCCAUCACCUCCUUCAGCAUCUUCCUCUCCUUCCCAUGAAUUCUCCUUCACAAUAUCUCUCCACUCUUCUUCUUCUUCUUCCAAUACAGCCAAAGCCCCACCGUCUUCCAUCGCCAUUGAUUUGACUCCGGCCGAUGAUAUAUUCUUCCACGGCCAUUUGCUCCCUCUACACCUCCUUUCUCACCUCCCGGUUUCCCCACGUUCCUCCACCAACUCAUUGGAUAGCUUCACGCUUCCCAUAAGAGAGCUUUUGGACGACCAGAAGCCGGAAAAAACCAGCAAAAGCGACAGAAACAUCAGAAGCAUCAAUGGCAGACAAGUUCACAACAACAUGGAAUCAACAGCAAGGGAAAAAUCCAAGUCGUUCUCGUUGUUUAGUUUCACAAAACGGCAAAAAGGACGAGUCGACGUUGAGCACAAGGAGAAGCAUAAGAAGAAAAAGAUGAGAUUCGACGUGAGUCAUCUGUUGAAAAGAUACGUAAGGAUGGUACGGCCUUUGUUGUUCUUCAAAGGGAAGAGAGAUAAGCUCCAUGUCCGUAGGCAAGCUUAUUCGUUUUCGGGUAAUUUAGGUUUGAGAAACAAAAAAGAAGAUGAUUUGAUGAGAGGAAGGAGAGGAGAUUAUUCGUCGGCUCCUGCGUCGAUGAGGACAUCUCCGACGAACAGUGGUCUCCUUGUUGCAACCCCAGGGUUUCCUUCUUCAACCAGUGAUAGCACCAUGGAAGAGUUGCAGGCUGCAAUUCAAGCUGCCAUUGCUCAUUGCAAGAACUCCAUUAGAGGGGAAGAUAAACUUAAAUGCUAAGGCAGCUAAUUUUUCUGUGUAUAAAAAAUUGACCUAUAAAGAAGUAUGAAAUUAGUUUAGGGGGUAAUGCUUUAAUAAAUUUCUACAUCUUAGAAUCAAAAUUAAACUGCUUUUCUU